AUGGCUUCUAUUGGAAUUGCAUUUGGUAACUCCACCUCGUCGAUUGCUAUUGCCAACGACGGCAAGGUUGACGUCAUUGCCAACCCGGACGGUGACCGGUUCAUCGCCUCGUCUCUUUCGUACGUGGGAGACGACGAGUACCACGGUGCCCAAGCCCAAGCUCAGCUUGUUAGAAACCCAAACUCCACUGUGGUCAACUUUAGAGACUUCAUUGGUCUGAGUUUCGACAAGAUCGACCCAACUUACUCGCAGAACUCUGCUCAUCCGAUCGAGGUCAACGGAAAGGUUGGCUACUCCAUCAAUGACAAGCCGAUCUCUGUUGAUGAGAUCGCCGCUAGACACUUGAAGCAAAUCAAGGCUGCUGCUGAGGACUACAUUGGACAGAAAGUUGAGGGUGCUGUGAUCGCCGUUCCUACCAACUUCACCGAUGCGCAGAAGGCCGACUUGAAGAAGAUUGCUGCUGAAGCCGGUAUCAACGUUUUGCAACUGAUCAACGAGCCAACUGCUGCUCUUUUGUCGCAUCUUGUCGCCAAGAACACUUUGAACGAGGACAAGUUGUUUGUUGUUGCUGAUUUCGGAGGAAUCCGUUCUGAUGCCGCCGUUAUUGCUGUCAGAGGAGGUAUUUUGACCGUUCUUGCUACUGCUCACGAUUACGACUUGGGCGGAGACAAGCUGGACGACGCUCUUGUUGAGUUCUUCUCCAAGGAGUUCCAGAAAAAAUACAAGGUGGACCCAACCUCGAACGCCAGAUCCCUGGCCAAGUUGAAGAGCGCCUGUGUGAUCACCAAGAAGACUCUUUCCAACGUUCAAACAUCCACUAUUUCGAUCGACUCUCUUGCCGAGGGAUACGAUUUCCACUCCACAAUCAACAGAUUGCGUUUCGAGGUGUCUGGUCGCGCGGUUUUCACCAGAAUGUCGAGUUUCGUGGAAUCUGUGGUUGCCAAGGCUGGCUUGGAGACUUUGGACAUUGACGAGGUUCUGCUUGUUGGAGGCACCUCCAACAUUCCAAAGGUUGCUGCCAACAUUGCUGCUGUUUUCCCAGAAACCACUGUGGUGAACGCUCCAAGCGUUGACUCCAAGUUGACCAACCCUAACGAGUUGAUCUGCAGAGGUGCUGCAUUGCAGGCUUCCAUCGACGCUGGUUUCGACGCCGAGGAGAUCGAGGAGUCUACGCAGCCCGUGGUGACCAACACACAACACAUUGCCAAGCCUAUUGGUAUCAAGACCGGCGACGGCGAGUUCCUGACUCUAAUUUCCAGAGAAACUGCUUACCCAAUCAGAAAGAGCGUCACUUUGGAAGCUGGUGCAGAUGACGUUUUUAUCGAAUUCUACGAGGGAGAACGCAAGGUGAAGGAAACCGUGAUCGAGGCAGAAAAGUUCUCUGACGACGAGGACAGCGAGGAAGAGGAGCCAGAAAUUGUCAAGACCGUGCAUUACGUGCCGGGCCAACUUUUGGCAGAAAUGGCACUCAGAGGAGUUGGCAAGGGCAGCUCUGUGGAGGUGAUUGCCAACAUCACCAAGGACGGCAAGCUGCAAUUCAUUGCUCGUAGCGGCGAAAAGGUUGUCAAAGGUGAGGCUUAG